AAUCAAGUUACAUUGGUUGCACCCUUCCAUAACGCCCUUCCAUUUUUCUACUAUGCCCAGAUGUGGGGUUUAAACUCGAUGAUGGCACCGUUCAUGCUCACAAACCUCUGCUCAUAUCAAGCUGUGACUGGAUGGCAGCCAUGUUUGGUGGGCCAUUUGUUGAGAGCUGUACUAAAGAGGUUUUGUUUCCGAACACAACCCGUAGUAGUAUGCAGGCGGUACUGGAAUAUCUGUACACGGGACACUUCUGUUCUAGACCUGACCUGGAUGCUAUGGAGCUCAUUAUUUUGGCUAAUCGCCUCUGCCUGCCUCACCUGGUUGCCCUCACAGAGCUUCAUACUGCAACUGUUCUCAAGGAGGCUUCUGCCACUGGCACAGACAUAGACGGAAAUGUGCUGGUAUAUCUGGAAAUGGCUCAGUUCCACUGUGCCUACCAGCUCACCCACUGGUGCCUUCACCACAUCUGCACCAACUACAACAACGUGUGCCACAAGUUCCCUAGAGACAUGAGGGCCAAAUCAGCAGAGAAUCAAGAAUACUUUGAGAAGCACCGCUGGCCACCGGUUUGGUAUCUGAAAGAAGACGACCACUACCAGAGAGCACGGAAAGAACGAGAAAAGGAGGACUACUUGUCCCAGAAGCGGCAGAAAAAGCGUAAAUUGGUGCUCUGGAACAUUCCGUCCUCUCCAUCAUACCCUUCAUCCUCCUCAGGUUCUUCAGCCAUCAUGUGA